AUGAGUGCCCACUCCGAGGCAGAGUCGCUCCUCAUCGAAGCGGUCGCGUCGCAUGGCCUGGUCAUGGACUCUCACGAGGUUCGCGCUGCUCUCUCCGAUGGCCAGGGCGGCGCCGAGCUCGCGCUCUGGGCCACGACCAACCUAUCCGCCGACAAUCUCCUCACCGUCGACGAGCUGUCCCUCUACAACGCGCUCGACAGGAGCGGUCAGGUGGACCGCCUCGCCGAGCUGCAUGACCUGUCUGAGAUGCCGUCCCUCCGCGAGGACGACGUCGUGGCCGCCGCCGCGCACCUCGUCCGCUCCACCGCCGCCGUGAACAAGCAAGCUGAAACCCUGCGUCACCAGCGCGACGCCUGGGCGCGCCUGGUAGCGAGCCGUGCCGACGCCCACGCCAGGCGGCGCGAGCUGGAAGCGUCCCGCCGCCGCAAGGCCGAAUCAGAGCGUGUACGAAUCUCGUCCGAGAUUACUGAAAUCGCACAUGGAAUCGAGUUUCGCAUCGCUGAGCUCAAGCAGGACGGCGAUCCCAAGGGCAACGAGCUGCACCAGGCCCUCGACGUCAUUCUCAAGUCGGAUGAUGCUCUCCUGACGAGCCUGCAGAAGCUCGGGUGGGAGCUCAACGAGCCAGACCCGGAAGAAGCCAAAUCCACAGACAAGUUGCGAGAGACAUGUUUACGUGUCAGGUUGAUAAAAAUCACUGUCGAGACAAUUAGGACGCGUCUCGACACCACGUACCUGUCCGCGCUCGCCACCGCCCAGCAAUCGCGGGACGGCAGCGCCGACACCGACGAGAUGGACGCUCUGCAGGCCGAGCUCGAAUCCCUCUACUCCGAGAUCCUGCCCGUCGCGCAAAUGGCCGUCGAGCAGCAGCACCUCGAGCCGGCCCUCGGCGCCAUCGCCACCCGCAGCGGCCAGAGCAUGCGCAAGACGGCCUCGUCUCUCGCCUACAUGGAUCAGUGCUUCGACUACCUGCUGAGCCGCAUCAACGCCCUCCACACACACACGGAGCUCUACAAUGCCCACCAUGCCGCUGUCCAGCGCGUCGUCGCCACCGCGCGCGACGAAAUCGCCUCGGACAUCCCCAGCCCGGACCCCCCACUGCCCCCCUCCAUCGACGCUGCGUCCCCCGUCAAGCCCCCCGCGAGAAGCAAGCGCCUCUCGCGCGACCUGUCCCACCACCGGCGCCGCUCGUCCGGCGUCCACGACGUGCCCGCCAUCGACAGCCUGAUGCAGGCCCUCGCGCUCCCCAUUGACGCAUACGGCGACGGCAGCGCGCACUCGCAAAUCGCCGCCCUCGGCAAGCUGGUGCGCGAGCGCCGCCUCAAGGACGCCGGCGUGGCCCGCGCCGCCCAGGACGAGCUGGAGACGGCUGCGGCGGAGCGUCUCGAGGACGCGCGCCGCGCGAUGCAGCGCCUCCGGGACAGCGUGCUUGCCGAGACCCCGUUUGGCCCCGCGCACCUGGCCGAUCCGGGCAUUGAGCAGUCCAUCCAGGUCUUGGGCCAAGAGGUCACCAAAGCGAGGGAGAAGCUCGCCAGGUUUGAUGGCGGUGAGAUGGGAUGGGGAAGCCUGAAGCGCGACGAGUUUGUAGAGCGCUGGGCGCGGUAG